UUCCGUUGUCAUUCUGAAAUUUGCUAGCAAACUAUUGUUUCGAGGAAAACCGAAGGCAAAUCCGAGCGGCGCCGCAAUUGAAGCAUCAAAUAGAACAAUAGAUUUAUUUUUUCUAUUUCAAAAUUUUGUUGCAAUCUGCAUAGAAAUUUAGAUAUCAAUUUUGCAAAUGAAACCGAAUUAUUUGAUUGCUUGAUCGAAGUUUCUCGCUUUGUGCAACAACACCCUAUUUCAAACUUCAAAACAGUCUCAUCCAUAAAGGUUUGUAUAAAUCUAAAUACAUAAGUACAAAUAAAAUAAACCUCAGUGAUUGAGAGUUUUGAUUCUUUUGCGGAGAAAAAGAGAGGAGAUCAGCGUUAAAGGUCAUUACUUUUAAAUACACCGGUGUUCACAGAAAUUUAAUGACGUGGCCUUGCCCUCACCAGAAUUGCGUAUAAUAGGUAACUUUCAACACGGUAAGCAGGAUGGUGAAAUUCCCCGUUUUUGAAACGACUCUUACCAAAAUUCACAAAUGUUUAAGACUUUCAUAAAUUAAUGUCGACAUAUUUUUUUGAAAAUUACGCGAUUCAUGAACUUUAUUGUAGACCAAAGAUUCUGGCAAGCUUAGUCAAAUCAACAUCCAAGCACUAAAACACUUUUGCACCAGGUGGAGUUGAGUUAGUACGUCAAGACCAAAAACGACAUUGGAUUGCUAACCAUUGUUUUAUGCCUGAAAUGGUCACUAGGUUUUCAACACCAUGGUAAGUAAAUAUGAGUUACUCGACCGUUAUGUUCCAGAAUAAAAUCGACCGAAUUAAACUGAAAGAUAUAAAAAUAACAUGGCACCCUUUACCCAAGAAAGUGAUCCAGUUGGGAAUCGUUACUGCGUUAUUGUUACCUACGUUGCUACUGCCCCCGGACAUCGAAUAAGCUGUUGAAACGAUAAAUCGUUUGCGUAAUAAAUCAAGCCAAACCAAGCUUUACGAAAAACAUUUUCGUCUCUAAAACAGAAAUCUGCGCCGGCGCUUCUCAGAUCCUGUGUGGUUACAUCGGCAUACGCGGUUUGUGUAAAUAAGUGUGCCAAUUUAUUCGCAGCUAAGACAAUCUUUCCGUAAAUUUGAAAAUACUGAAAUUUAAAUGGCUUCCAUGCGCCUAACAACUUGAAAGCAAUGACCGGCAUCCUAAAGUAAAGAAUUUGGUGCGAAAUUGACGGCAAUGUGCGGUAUGGUAUUUAUAUUAGUAGUGCCGCGUCGCAGUUGCUUGCUUGGUCACAUCUGAUCAUAUAGCAGUCCAUUUGUAUCACCAGCGGGGUCGUUAUUAUCAUUUAUAUCAGUAUUAUCAUCAUUGUCACGGAAUGAGAUGUCUCGAGGUGGCGGCAUGCUCGUAUCGCGUUGCGCCGCGUGCGGGAGUAUGGAGAGACUACCGCUAUCCACCAGUCUGCUAAACUCAUGCCAGUCAAUCACGCCGACUUUCCACUCAGCAUUAAACUAUUAUAAGUAACCGCUUAAGCUGCUUAUCGGCCAAAAAAUCGGCUCUACAAUGUCGAGCGUAACCGCAAACAAUAUUUUGGCCAAUACACAGAUCAGUAAUUCCUUAGGCUUAGUUAGCUCAUGGUUAGCCAUCGUUUAUUUUUUUUUCACGCAAUUUUCAGCCAACAAUAAACCAUUUCAUCUUACAAAAUUCUGAAUAUAGUUUCUUGGAGCGCAUGCACCAGCACGAAGCUCAAAUAAUAUUAUACUUUUUUUAACGGAAUCAAAAAUAGAAAACAUUCACAAAUAUAUUGUAUCGGCAUAAUUCCGAAAAACGGCAUAAAACUAAUGAUAUCAUAUCGGCAUCGUAGCGGUGGCAAAACUGAUUUGAGCAGCUCUGCUCAUAAGCCUUCCACAGCAUAUGAAACAGCUACAAAAAGCGUUUAGACUCUCAACUACUACUGUUGCAGUCUUACCCAACCGCGUCUUUACAAGAAAAAAGUUUACACGCUCGCUCGCUUGCACUAAGGGCGGUUACGACCUUUAUACUAGUGCGAUUGCCGUUGUCGACUGGUGUCAGAUAAUGAGCGGACUGCCGUUCGGCGAACCGCCGCUGCUGGCCAGACGGACCGGCCUGCUGUAUACGCGCCAUGAAAUCCUCCUGAAUCGGAACAUGAACGCCACGACGCAGCGUAUCUUCAGUGCAUGCACAGCGGCCGACGCGUGCCAGUUGCUGGACAGCUUCCGGCAAGUGUACCGGGUGCAGCCGGCGGCGGCGCUGGCCGGGCGCGGGCCCGGGCCCGGGACGGAGGCGGAUGAGGCGGCCAUGGAGGAGAGUUGCCGCUUCCAUCUGCGCAUCGGCCCGGAUCCGCAUCGGUGCACGUUCAUUGUCGUCGGCAGCCAGGCCGACACCGCCCACAUGCACCGGACAGCGGCAGCACUGCACAAGAUACUGGAGCAGUAUGCUGCGUGCCGUGCCGGUCGCUUAUCAAGCCACACGACUACGACUGCGUCGCACCAAACUCUUCUCAGUGAACGCUUCGCGCUGUCUGCCGGUGCGUCUGUUUUGCACCAAAUUAUAUUUAUACUUAUCGUUACAUCAGUUAUACAGUUCCUAUACAGUGGACGACAAAAAGAAGUUGAUAAGGCGCGACUAGCUGAACACUGGCUGGCCGAUUUCAACUUCGUCCUCCAUUGUAUCGGAAGCGGAAGCGGAAGUAACGGCAAACGGGUCAUGGCUGCCAGUGCCGGCAUAACUGGUGCUGCUGAGGCUAGUUUGCGCCGUCUGCCACUUGCACUCUUGACGGAGAUCCUGGAAGAUUUGGACCUGCAUACGCAGGCGCACGCCAUACGAGUGUGUGCGUUGUGGCGAGCGAUCCUGGGCGAUCCGGGCACGACGCAGCACAUCAGUGUCCUGACGGACAGUUUACACAGUACUACUACACGCUGCGGUGACCAUAGUUACUGCUGUCGCUGCGCGAUGCUGCUGAGCCGGGUCAUCACGCCCAAAACGCGCAGUCUCAGCCUCAUCGCACGCGGCCACGACUGGCCGGGGGAGCCGUUCAACUGGCACAUCCUGUGUUAUGUGCAGAAGUUAUGGAAAGCUAUGCGCCUCCAGCUGCCGUUCCUCGUACUGAAGGCCUUCUGCCUGGAUUACAUGCACCCGGAAAUACUAUUGGGCUUCGAAGACCAUUGUGACCAACUGAUCGUCGACGGACUGGAGAUGCGCGGGACGCUGUUCAACGACAUGCAGACAGCAGUUGAAGGCUGGCCGUUACCGGCUCACGAAAUGCCCUUUAUUAACGAACCCUGACCCGAUU